AGUUCAAAAAUGCUCUACAUACAAAUUCGCGACCAGCAAUUCAAAACUGGGUUGUGAAACAUAUGAUCACUUUCCCUACUUCCACACUGCCACAAUUUAUUGAUCAUGCCAUGCAUGCUGAGAAAGUUGUUAAUUUGAAAAAAGGAAAAGAAAAAGGGAAAGUGGCUACCAUUUUUUUUGCUGAUAAAGACUCACAUGAUGCAUUUUAUCAAAACAAAACUUUUGAACCUUACCAGAAGAAGCAUGGUCGUGGAAACUUCCGCGGCAAGGGCAGGGGAGGCUACCGGCAUGGUGCUCUCGGUUAUGGCCCGACAGGUCAACCGAAGCAACCUAGCACUCAGCCUCCUGUCUGCUGGGCGUGCGGCAAGGAGGGCCACAUAGCAAAAUAUUGUCCGGACCCCCAUAAAAGCGGGGCUGUCCCUCCCUUGUGACUAACCGACAGUCAGCAUGGAACUGAAGGAGCUGUUUUGACAACAGCUCCCCCUAUUGAUGCAGAUUUGAACAUUCAGGACUUGUUGAUGAACAAUGUAGAGAAACCUGUGAUAACUUUGUUUGUGAAUGGUACUCCCAUUACCUUUUUGUGUGAUUCAGGAGCGUGCAUCACUACUUGUCGCGACAUUCCUGCGGAUGUGCGAGAAGGCGGGAGAUCCUUUUGGGUGAGGGCAGCAAAUGGAAUGACAACUCCAGUUCCUCAGUCUCAUCCAGUCUGGAUACGGGACCCUGAAGGAGGAAGUUGUUGCAUUCCUGUCUUGCUGAUGCCAAAUUGCCCUAUUAACUUGCUUGGAAGAGAUGCUCUCACUGCUCUUGGUCUUUCUCUAGUAUCUCUUGAUGACAAAAUCGUUGUCAAAAGGCGUCACCAAUUACAAAUAUUUGGUCAAUUUCAUUGCUACUAUUUUUAUUCAUUGGAUUUAAUUGACCCCGAGGUGAGACAAUUUGGGUCUCCUCUUUUGGCACGGGCCAGAAGCCUUUUGCGAUGCCCUGAGCAGGCAAUGGAACCAAACGACUUGCACGUGACCUUGUGGCACAAGGACACGCCCGGUCCUGACCAAAACUACGAAGCCAUGCUUAAGGCUGCUACGCCUAUCAUCUUGAGAGCAGCUUUCCUCUUACAUGAUGGUGAAAGCCGCGCUUGUGUAGUCAUGCAGCCAGCUCCCUCUAGAAUCGAAAAUCUACACAAGACGGCCACCCCGCUCCAUAUCUCUUUGUUCCGACCUUUUUCAUCCACAUGGCAAAGCGUGGGAUUCAUGGCCAAAGACGGAUUGGCUGCCCUUGACUGGACUCGAGAUAGUUCUGGUGUUCUUUACAGUCCUUCUACCAAGCUUUUCAGAAGUGUCUUGAACCACAUCUUUUUCCUUUCUUGUGGUGUGCAUGCUAAAACUUGUUCUGAGAAAGCACCCUCAGCUUGACAUUUUGUGUUGUCACCAGGAGAUGAGCAGGUCCUCGCUGAGGUCCCGACUGAUCUCUGGUCAACAGGGCCCUCUGACGUUGGGUUGGUGAAAAGUGCACUUCCUGUUGUCAUUAGACCUAAGACUGAGUACCGUCCUUGUGUGCGACAGUAUCCAUUGAAACCCGAUGCCCUGCAAGGCAUCGCACCUGUUAUUUCGGAUUUGCUAAAAGCUGGUGUCAUUAUUCUCUGUCCUGAUUCUCCUUGUAAUACUCCGAUUUUUCCUGUGAAGAAAGCGCCUCCUUCUGUCGGGUGGAGAAUGGUGCAGGAUUUGCAAGCAGUGAACAGCGCCGUCAUUCAGAGGGCACCUUGUGUCCCUGACCCACACACCUUGUUGAAUUCAUUGACGCCUGAUGCAAAGAUAUUCUCAGUAAUUGAUAUUAGCAACGCUUUCUUCUCUGUUCCUGUUGCUGAAGAAAGCCAGUUUUGGUUUGCAUUUACUUAUGCUGGCUCGAGGUACACCUUUACCAGACUGCCCCAAGGGUACUGCGAAAGCCCAACUAUCUAUUCGCAGGUGAUGGCGGCCAGCAUGGCAAAAUUUGUCCCGCCAAAGGGAAGUCAGAUUUUGCUCUAUGUUGAUGACAUUUUGAUUGCUUCUCCUGAUUUUGAUUCUUGUCAGACGGACACACUUGCAGUGUUACAUCACUUGGCGAAGGAAGGCCACAAGGUCAGCAAAAACAAGCUCCAACUGUGGUCCGAGGAAAUUAAAUAUUUAGGACACAAUCUUAGUUCCCAAGGUCGAACUAUAAUUGAGAGCAGGAAAGUUUCCAUUUUGCAGGCCCCUAAACCACUCACUAAGAAACAAAUGAUGUCUUUUCUGGGUCUUGCUGGUUAUUGCAGGAGCUGGGUGCCUGAUUAUGCCCAAAUUGUCGCUCCUCUGUCCAAAUUAAUGUAUGUUGAGGACAUCUCGAUGUCCACUCCACUAAAAUGGACUCCUGAGGCGGAGGAUGCAUUUGUGUUGAUCAAGCAGGCAUUGGUCUCUAGCUCCACUCUAGCCUUGCCCAAUUAUGACAAACCGUUUGUCCAGACUGUUGAUUGCAAAGGUCAUUAUAUGACCUCUGUUUUGAUGCAAUCGCAUGGCUUGAAACUUCGCCCUAUUGCCUUUUAUUCUUCUAAAUUGGAUAGUGUUGCUUGCGCUCUCCCACCAUGUGUGAGGGCCGUGGUGGCGGCCUCCAUGGCUGUGGAAAGCAGCGCCAGCGUUGUGUUGUUUCAUCCUUUAACGCUGAAAGUUCCGCAUGCAGUGUCAGCUCUUUUGCUACAAACAAACAUGACCUUUUUGUCGCCUGCACGUCACUUGUCGUGCAUGGCUACUUUGCUUUCCCAACCGCAUCUGACCGUUGAGAGGUGCACAACACUCAAUCCUGCUACUCUCAUUCCUCUUCCGGAUGACGGUGAUUUCCAUGAUUGUGUCGAUGCGGCCCAACAAGUAGCCAAGGCUCGGCCCGAUCUGGAGGACACACCCUUGUCUGACGGUCACGUGGUUUUUGUUGAUGGAUCUUCGAAGAAAAAUGCUCUUGGCGUGACCCUCUCUGGUUACGCUGUCGUUACAGCUGACGAGGUUUUGAAAGCUGUGAAACUGCCUUCCCAUAUGUCGGCACAGGCCGCUGAACUCAUUGCUCUCACGGAAGCUUGCAUUCUUUUCGCGAACAAGCCUGUCACCAUUUGGACUGACAGUCAGUAUGCUUUUGCCACAGUGCACGUCUUUGCUCAACAAUGGAGCAACCGUGGCAUGGUAACAUCUACAGGCAAGCCCGUCACCCAUUCGACAUUGCUUCCCCAACUUUUGGACGCUGUCCAACUGCCCUCCAAGGUGGCGGUCUGCAAAUGUGCUGCUCAUACUACUAGGACUGAUCCUGUUUCUUUGGGUAACGCCUUCGCGGACAGGUCUGCCAAGGCUGCCGCUGAAGGCGUGCUCCAUGUCCUCUCUUCUUGUACUGAUAGCGAUUCCGUGUCUCACGUUUCUCCUGACGUGCUGCUUGACAUGCAAUCUCAAAGCCCCUCCCAGGAGCGCCUCUCUUGGGAGAAACGGGGCGCCAUUAAAAAUGACAAUGGCCUUUUUGUGUGACCUCUGGGCAAGUGAAACAGAUUGAGUCCAUUUACACAGCAUACGGGUUUGCUGGUUUUUCGCAACAAUUUUGCAGAGCAUGUUUGAUUUGUGCUAAACACAAUCCACAAGGUAACUUGCGACCUCGGAGAGGAAAAUUUCCGACUCCAUUGUAUCCAUUUCACACAAUACAUAUGGAUUACAUCCAAUUAAAUAAGAGCGAGGGAAAAGAAUAUUGUUUGGUCAUCAUCGAUGCGUUUUCUAAAUGGGUAGAAGUUUUUCCCACUAGACAUGCGGACGCACUAACAGUAGCAAAAGCAUUGUGCAAAGACAUUAUUCCAAGAUAUGGCAUUCCAGAAAAAAUUUAUAGUGACAAUGGUCAACAUUUUGUCAAUCAAGUGGUGCAAAACAUUGGGAGAUUGUUCCACAUAAAUAUAAAGAACCAUUGUUCCUACCAUCCACAGUCAGCUGGCUUGAUUGAGCGUUUUAAUGGUACUAUAAAAAAUAGACUAAAAAAAUGCAUGGAGGAAACUAAACGACCAUGGACUCAGUGUCUAGAUUUAGUGAAAAUGUACAUGAAUGUUACAAGUACGACUGGGUUGACUCCCUAUGAAACCAUCUUUGGAAGACCGUACAGGCUUCCUCAGUUUAAAAAUGUUUGGGACGUGCCGGAAGAGGCCACUUUGGCCGACUACAUGAGAAAAAUGUUGGAACAUGCUAAAAAUCAGACCAGUAACAUUACUGACCAACCCAUCUCUCCGCAGGAGGACCCCAAAGUGGUUCCGGGAGACUGGGUCUUGAUCAGGAGCAUCAAGAAGAAGAAUUGGCACUCGCCCAAGUGGGAAGGUCCCUUUUUAGUGCUUCUCGCAACACCUAACGCUUUAAAAAUAGCCGAACGUAACACGUGGAUUCAUUUGUCACACUGUAAAAAGGUGAUCUCCGCAGACCCAACCUAAGUACGGAAGGUGUGCAAGUCUGGUAAUAGUGCCUGAUUCUGGUGCCAAGAUCCAGGGUUGACACGAAAGCCAGCAGAAGCAUUCCAAGCCACCAACCCGAAGCUCAGGGAGUUGACUCUGAGGAGAUCUAAAACUAGGUGUUAAAAUGCCGUUGGAACAAUGUCUUGCGAAGGUGCGGGAUGGUUGCAAACCUUGGGAAGCAUUCAUUUGGAUUUUUGUCAUUUUUGGUUUCACUGUAGUUGGGACAGUGUGCUAUAUGCGCAUCGGCCCUGUUUUUAUAAAACACACGGCUCCAGACAGUUCACCUGGAGUUUCCACUGUUCCUGAUUUACCUGUAGUUUCCGCUGUUUCUGAUUCACCUGAUGUUUUUACUAUUUCUGAUUAUGAGUUUUACAAACUUUGUUCGACGGAUAACGAUCCUAGGCACAGUCGCGAUAGUUCCGUUGGUUCCCGAUAUUGUCCAUGGGAUGAUGUUGCUUCGCGUAGACAUAGGCGUGAGGUCUCGUCCAUUAGGCCCACCUUUAAACACUGCACGCCUGCUCUCGUUCACGACGGUAUUUCCUGCGUGCCAUGGCGCAUAGCCAACGCGUACCUACAUUCAUUGGCGUUCACCGUGGCCCCAAACACGGCUUCCACUAUCACCGUGCCCUUGAAGAGUUUGAAAGGUACCCGACAAGGCUGGCUCACUACGGGUGACAAAUGGCCUGGGUAUUGGUGGUAUUUGACUGUCAAUCCAGACAUUUCGGACUGGAGCGCCUUCAUCACCUCGCAGGUACCAGGUUACUGGCCUCCUGGCUCCAGUGAAGAAGCUGUGUUUUUUGCUAAACGUAUCACUUUGAAGAACCAAGGCUCAAGCCUUCUUUUGACCGUUACACUCCCUGAUGACACGGUUCGGCCCCCUCACGCUACCCUGCUCAAUACUUCCUGUUGGGGUUUUCAGUUGUGGGCUUGGUCCUCUGGGAAGGAUCCUCAGUUUCCUAUUGUCCUUUGCGUUAACAAAACUAUGCGGGGCGCUGACAGUCCCGUGUUGAGCGACUUUUCCAAAACAUCUGGGGCAGUGAUUACGAGCGUGGCCCUCACCGAUGUAGACAGUCACUUUGUGGCCUCCACAGGUAUGAGUGGCCAGACUAACAAUUGGCUCCUCAUGGCCGAGCAAGCUGCUAAUGUGACUAACACCAGUUGCGUUGUGUGUAUGGGCCCACGGCCCCUCUUGAGAAUCAUUCCCGCGAGUGUGGCUCCUGAGUGUGCGAUUUUUGUGAUGUCUACCCCUUCCAUUCCGUCUGCUCAUCCUUGCUCCAGUUGGGACAAGGUCUAUCCCGUUUCCUCCUUGGCAAAGUCCAAACCCCUUUUUUCCACUGAUGUUGCUAAAGGUAAUUUCACGUGCAUCAAGUUGCCCGGUACCGGCGCAAGCCUAGGCGUUUUGUCAGCUCCUUUGUGCACUUCCCUGUUCUAUGGCGCUGCCUUUUUCUCACCCAUCGCUCGUAGUGAUAUUUGGUUUUGGUGCAACACUGACAAACUUUAUGAUAGUCUCCCUUUUAAUAGCUCUGGUACUUGCGCUUUGGUGACCCUUUUGCUUCCCGUUUUAUUAAUGCCCGCAUCUACUCAUGAGCUAGACGUUUUUAUUGAUUCUUUUGUGCCCCGACCCUGGUCGAGGGCUAAGCGGAGUGCCGAGUGGCAAGGCGCGGCGGAUCCGACCUAUAUAGAUGCCAUUGGAGUUCCCAGAGGAGUGCCGGAUGAGUAUAAGCUGGUGAACCAGAUAGCAGCUGGUUUCGAAUCCUCCAUUUGUUGGUGGUGCACCCUUAACAAAAAUGUUGACAGGAUCAAUUACAUCCACUACAACGUGCAGAGGCUUGGAAAUUGGACCGAGGCGGGCUUCAGAGCGGUCCACUCCCAGCUGGCCGCGACUUCCCUCAUGGCUUUCCAGAACCGGAUGGCCCUUGACAUGCUACUCGCUAAGGAGGGCGGUGUCUGCGCCAUGUUCGGACGACUUUGAGCUCCCACGGCCCCCGAGUUGUCAUCUUCGCAUUGACUCCAUUGAUGAGGCCCCCGCUGUGGACCUGUCCGACCUUUUUCCUGAGUCCGACGUUGUCUGAUUGGCUUCGGUCGCCUCCCGGGUGUAAAUUUGUUCUUAUGACGUAUGAUCCUGCGGCUGAAAAUCUUUUGAAGUAGCCUUUGGGUGAUUUGAGGGUCUCUGAGAACUUAUGAUAAACAGGGGGGAAUUGUUGGAAAAUUGUAUAUAUAUGUUAUCAUGCGUUCUCUUUUAGUUUCUAUAUUACUAUAUUACAGUAAAUGAUGUCUCAUUAGAUCUACCGUUAGAUUAGAUCUGCGUACGUGCGUUCGUUGUUCUGCUUUGCUGUUCUUAUGUCCACCACAGAAUACCACAUCAGCCAAGGUGUGAGGUCUUGUCUCGGUCAGCGAGAGACAGCAGCAACGACAUUGUGUCAGCCUUCCUCAAGUGGCUGACUCGGCACCUCACACCCUCAAGAAAUGGAGCGCUGGGAGCGCCCCUGGUCCUUGCUGAUAAGACUGCUUGAACCCAUUGAACUUGAUGAACUCUGUUUGCUCUUUCCUAUGUCGCCACAUUAGCAUAACGUUUGCAGUAAUCUACACACACCAGAAGUUUCCUGCGCUUACCAAAAGCAGAAACCGUUUGCGCUUCCCCCUACCCUUAUUUGGUUUCUGCUACACAUGUGAUGAGGAAAAUUCCCCAAAUAAAGAGAGCAAGGAUGCAGACAGACUUUAGUGUAGGUUGGGCAUUGUAAGCUGUCUGUACUGCACUCCUUGCGCAAGCUACGACUCAA